AUGCACAUUGACAAAAAAAUUUCACCAUCCCAACACCACAGAUUUUUCUUUGUUUCUAUUGCUCAAUCUUUACUGUUUCCCUCUCUCUCAUUUACGUUCCGUCCCCCCUCUCUCUCUCAUUUACGUUCCGUCCCCCUCUCUCUCUCAUUUACGUUCCGUCCCCCUCUCUCUCUCAUUUACGUUCCGUCCCCCCUCUCUCUCUCAUUUACGUUCUGUCCCCCCUCUCUGUCAUUUACGUUCUGUCCCCCCUCUCUCUGUGUGACUUACGUUUUCUCUCUCUCUCUGUGUCACUUACGUUCUCUCUCUCUGUGUCACUUACGUUCUCUCUCUCUCUGUGUCACUUACGUUCUCUCUCUCUCUGUGUCACUUACGUUCUCUCUCUCUCUCUGUCACUUACGUUCUCUCUCUCUCUGUGUCACUUACGUUCUCUCUCUCUCUGUGUCACUUCGUUCUCUCUCUCUCUCUGUGUCACUUCGUUCUCUCUCUCUCUCACUUUUUCUCUCUCUCUCUCUGUCACUUACGUUCUCUCUCUCUCUCUGUCACUUACGUUCUCUCUCUCUCUCUCUGUCAUUUACGUUCUCUCUCUCUCUGUCAUUUACGUUCUCUGUCAUUUACGUUCUCUGUCAUUUACGUUCUCUGUCAUUUACGUUCUCUGUCAUUUACGUUCUCUGUCAUUUACGUUCUCUGUCAUUUACGUUCUCUCUCUCUCUCUGUCAUUUACGUUCUCUCUCUCUCUGUCAUUUACGUUCUCUCUCUCUCUGUCAUUUACGUUCUCUCUCUCUCUGUCAUUUACGUUCUCUCUCUCUCUCUGUCAUUUACGUUCUCUCUCUCUCUCUGUCAUUUACGUUCUCUCUCUCUCUCUCUGUCAUUUACGUUCUCUCUCUCUCUCUCUGUCAUUUACGUUCUCUCUCUCUCUCUCUGUCAUUUACGUUCUCUCUCUCUCUCUCUGUCAUUUACGUUCUCUCUCUUUCAGUUACAUUGUCUCUCUUUGAUAUGUUUUCUUUCUCUCCUUCCUAG